CAGAAUGUCCUGCGCUUGGAGCAAAAUCUGAGGGAGGAAGAUAUUUUGUUGGGCCUGUUGCGUUAGCUGCUCCUGUGAAAAGCUGCUGUGUUGCCGAUGUGCUUACAUCCCACUUAUGUGGAUCUGAGGUUUUGGCAUCUUAUGCUCCAUUUAUACGAGACGGCUUGGUGUCAUUGGUAGGUAGUAAUGUCAGAGUUCCAAUCAAGAUCUUGCGAGACACAGGGGCUUUUGAUUCCUAUAUUGUUGACUCUGUUUUGCCUUUGUCUUAUGAAAGUGACACUGGUGACACCGUUCUGAGUUGGGGAAUGGGAUUAAAAGUUCUUCCUAUUCCUGUUCAUAGGAUGUAUAUUGACUGUGACCUUGUUAAAGGUGAAGUAGCUGUUGGUGUACGUCCAGCUUUGCCAAUCGAGGGGAUACACUUCAUCCUGGGCAACGGUUUGGCAGGGAGCAGAGUCUGGACUGAUGUUCCCCCUGCGUUUUUAGUCACUGGCGGCCCGAUUGAGUCAGGGUCUGAGGAGAGCUCUACAGUGUUGGCAGACGUCACGUCCUCUUGUGUGACCACUCGUGCUAUGGACAAAAAUAUGUUUGGAAACCAGAUGAUCAAGCAUUGUCCCACUAGUCAAAGUGGUCGUGGCGGCGGUGGCGUUGAUGGUGGUCGUGGUGGCGGCAGCGUUGAUGGUGGUCGUGGCGGCGGCAGCAGGGGUCGAGGAAGAGGCAAGGAAAUGUCCUGCUAUCGGUGUGGAGACCAAGGACACAUGGCUCGUGACUGUGGGUAUGCCAACGACCGGAAGUGCUAUUCCUGCGGUGGGCUUGGUCACAUCCAGAGACGGUGCAGUAGGGUGAAAUGUUACAGGUGUGGCGACAUUGGCCACGUUGCGGUGCAGUGCAGUAAAGCCAGUGAAACUAACUGCUACAACUGAGGAAACAUGGGCCGUGACGGUAAUGUAUUGUCUGUCAUACUGUUCGAUAAAUCGUUCUCGCUCUGCCCAUCCUUUUAAAGUGUGCUUCUCAGGUAGCUUACCUGAGUUGCUAAAGAUGUGGCUGGGUGUUGGAGGAGCGUUUGGCAGUGUGAGGGUUGUAUGUUGCAAUUGGUGGUUUUGUUGGAGGUGGGGUGCAUUAUGUCUUGUGUUUUUGUUGUUCAUUACUGGUGUUUUUUGUUUUGUCAGGGUUGGGAUUGGUGUGCCGGUGGUCCUGGGGACACCGACUUUAAGGGGGGGGGGGGGGUGUGACGACCCCUGCCUUGUUGUCUCCUGUGGUGUGCAUGGCCCUUUAAUGUUUCUCCUCUGCUUGAGACGCCCUGAUUGGGGACACCUGACGCCCUGAUUGAGGACACCUGACGGCCUGAUUGAGGACACCUGACGGCUGGCGGAGGAUUAAGAGGCCUGGGCCAGAGUCUUGAUCUCUCUCUCUCCCCGCAGAGGACCGGACCUCGGAGAGCAGCCACGUCGCCUAUGUUUUUUUGCUUUGCCUUUGUGUUUGUCUUCGGACACAUUAAGUUUUGCUAAAUAAAUACUUUUUUU